UCUACUGUUGCAGUUUGUGCCCAGUCUAAUAUAGCUUGUUACUCCCUCUUGUUUCGCUCUGUGUGCUAGUGGAGCCUAACUGCAGUCAGGACCAGAAAAUGUUUGUCACGAUCCUGCUCGGAGAGGACAGGAUGGAAAUGCUCAAUCCCAACUGCAGGCUGAUAAACUUCAUCCAUCAUUUAAAGGAGCGGUGUGGUCUUGAUCGCAAAGAGUGUGUGGAGUUGAUGGACAGUAACAGUAGAGUGAUGAACCUGGAGGGGAAGCAGCAAAGUGUGGCUCUGGCCAGCAGCGUGCUGGUAGAAAGACAAAACUACGUCCUCCUACGAGUAUGCCGAGACAGUGAUACUGGAGGUCGGAAAUAUGUGUCUCUCCUAAACAACUUCAGCCAGAGUCAUCCUGAGUUAGCAGAGCUGCUGAGGAAACUGAAUAACCCAGAGCAAGAGCGAGACAGAGAGAUCAGAGGAGGACGGACACAGAGGAAGAGUCCUGCCAACCAAAGUGGGAGCAAAAACAUCUCUGCAAAUAACAAGAGACGCCAAAUCAAGUAGUUUCUGUACAACUUAAAACUUUAAAAACGAAAUAAAUUUGUGUCAUAUUUACU